GUCACACAAUCUAAUCUUUGGUCCGUGAGCGAAAGUGUUCUCAGUCUCCUUCGUGGUCUACUGAAGAAAAUUUCACACCGCUAUUCGUAAACGGCUCCCAAUAACAUUAUCAUAGUUUUCGGCAAAGGAUUUCAUAUAUAAAAAUGGAUUUUAGGAAUGAUUCUCAUGUUCCUCAGGACAGUGUUAUCGAACCAUUGGCUCCGGAUACCUUCGAAAAAAGCGUCCUAAAAUCAUCGUAUGAAGCCCACCGGAAAGCGGAACUGGAUGCUCAACGAGCCCUCGAUGAAACCGGCUUUGGAAAAUUCAAUUACAAGAUCAUUGUCGUUUCCGGAAUGAUGUGCAUGAACGUGGCGUUCGCUAUCACGAGCGUCGGCUUCCUUCUUCCGUCCGCAGCUUGCGAUUUCGAUAUGAAUACUUUCGACAAAGGUCGAUUGAGCGCAUCGCCAAUUUUUGGAAUGCUGCUCGGUUCGUGCAUCUGGGGUUGCAUAGCCGACACGAAAGGACGCCGAACAGCGCUUUUGAACUGUCUCUUUCUCCAAGCGAUAUUCGAGUGCUUCGCAUCCGUAGUAUCGAACUAUUGGGGAUUCAUCGUUUUUAAAUUUCUCAGUGGACUCGCACUGAGCGGUCAGAUGGCUGUUCUUUAUACGUACGUUGGCGAAUUUCAACCAGCGAAUCAACGCGAGAAGGCGCUUUCUUUGAUGGAGAUUCCCUGGGUGAUAGGAACGAUACUGGCUCCCAUUAUCGCCUGGAUCACAAUACCGCUCGAGAUAAACUUGACGUUGGCAAGGUUUUCCUUCAGAUCGUGGAACCUCUACGCCGCGAUGUGCUCGGUGCCGGCAUUCGUCGUUGGCUUUUUACUUCUGAGAUUACCCGAAACUCCUAAGUACCUCGCAGAGACGGCUCGUUACGGUGAACUCCGUAAUGUUUUGAUCAACAUGUACCGUGAUAACACUGGCAACACAACCGAAGAAUAUAUCGCUAAUCUCGACACCGCUGGUAUCAAAUUUUUCACCGACCAAAUAAACACUUCCUUGAGUAAGAGUGGGGAGAAAAAAAAAUCGACUUUGGAUGCUUUACGUCAAUUUUUCGUCACUCUUUACGAACAAACGGCGCUGCUUCUCAAGCCUCCUUAUCUCGGUAGAACGGUAAUCACGUGUCUCGGAAGUUAUUGCAUUUUUUCUUCGCUCUAUACUCUUAUGUUAUGGUUUCCCGAACUUUUUCAUCGAUUCGCUGAAUUCGAGGACAAGCAUCCCGGAGAACGAGCGAGCGUCUGCAUCGUUUCGCAAUCAAUUUCAUUGAGGAAUUAUAAAAAUGAGACGUUUGUCAAUUCGUCACUGCCAAUCGACCAGACGAAGACUGAUACUGUGGCUGAGAAUACAUGCGACAGUACAAUUGGGACUCAAGUUUAUGUUUACACGCUGAUUUUGGCCUCGUCGUGUAUCCCAGUCGCUGUGAUAUUUACCGUUUGCGCUAGCCGACUAGGAUUUCGAUUUUAUUUAGUGUUCAACAGUUUUGGAUGCUGUGCCGUGACGAUAGGACUGAUAUUCGUGACGACGUCGACGCAAAAUUUAAUACUCUCUUGCAUCUACGAAGCACUCAUGUCCGUCUGUGUGACCGUCAUAUUCUGCAUCUCCGUCGAACUUUUUCCGACCAACUUAAGGGUCACUGGCUCAGCACUCGCUUCGUUCUGCGGGCGCAUUGGAGCACUCGUUGGUAACACGAUGUUCGGAUACUUAAUCGAUGAUCAUUGUUUCGUAUUGAUAUCUAUCGUGGGCAUUGAACUCUUCCUUGCAGGAGUUUUGGGAUUUUUUAUCUCUGGUGAUAACAACGGAGAAGCGGAAAGUGGAGAUAAACACAAGCUUCAAGUACCAACAAACGAGUUACCGGACUCGGGCAGUGAAAAGUAUUCUUCCUCAUACGCCAAUAACAGUACACUGUAUUAAAAUCAUUUGGUUAGAAAGCUGUUUAAGCAUGCAAAAAGUAUGAUCGUAUAGUUAAAAACUCUGAUGAAUAAAUCUUUAAAAAAUG